AUGGUCAUUCGCUCAGCCGUUGAGCCCAGCGGUGCUCGAUGGCUCCUGCUGGCAAGUGCCUUGCGUUUCAGUGCAGGUUUCGCCAUUUUGGUCUGGCUCCCGUCUGCCAUCCGCGCCAGCUUCCCGGAAGACGUGGAGCAGCUGCGCGGCGAAUGUGGGCGAAGGGCUGGGGCUGGGGGUUCGAGGUGUUUGGUGAGGUUUGCUUUGGUCAACUCCCUUAUUAAGGGUGUUGCGGGCAGUUUAUCCUCCAUCAGUGGAGGCGUGGCCGCGGAUGCCUUGCGAUCAACAGGCUUCGGCGACCGCUCGGCGGCCUGGUUCUGCGCGGCCUCGAGCCUGGCAGCUGCUCCUUUGUGGUAUUUCACCCUGGCUGAGGGGUUGAGUUUCCAGGUUUGCAUGGCACUUCUUUGUGCGGAGUAUUUGGUGGCUGAGAGUUGGUUGGGCCCAGCCAUUUCAGCCCUCCAAGGCUCAGUGCCUUCGGACCGACGCGGCACAGCGCAGGCGAAGCCAUCCCAUAAGGCCUCUGUGAGGCCACUACUGUAA